AUGUUCAAACCUCCUGGUAGCUUGCCCGGACUGUAUUUGACCACCAAAUCGGAAUCGCGAAAAGUUGGCAAGGCUAUCCAAAAGCUCGAGAGCCACUGGGAGGCCCGCGCAGGAUCGGAAAUGCAUGGACCGAACCAGGAACGGAAGCGUUCUGAAUGCGUGACGGGUGGCGCCGAGAUCGACAUCACGCGGGAGGAUCUAACAGCGUCUUCGAAGAAGUUGUGCGGCAGCGCUGGCCUCGAAUCGACAAGUCAAGCCUCUGGACCGGUUCAYGAGUCUCUUAAAGGUGCACUGACCGCCUUGCCGCCACGCGAUUCGGAAUCUACGGAUGCAUCCUUGAUUCUUGACAACGAGCGGCUGCGGGAGGAGAACAUCGAGUUGAGGCGGCAAAAUAACCUGUCAUUCUACCGUAACAAAGCGCUGGCAUCACAGUUGAGCGUAGUCCAGGGCCAGCGCGAAGCGAUGGACAUAGGCAGCAAGCAAACUCCUCAUGCUACACGUCCCUGCACUGCCACGCAAGAGAAGCCCGACUCUUGCCAAGAUUACACUAAUCCAAACUUCUUAACCACACAAACAACGUCCGCCUCAGUACUGGCCCACAGUCUCGAGGUCUUUGCGCUUGCUAGCAGUCGUGGCAUCAGAUCAGUGAUUCCUGAGACGAUUGUUGUCAGCCAAAAGCCUACCUACUUGCUCAAUCACCCGUACGAGCCCUCCGAAUUUUUCCUCGGAGAGAUUCUCUGGGCUCCGAAUUGCAGUCCCGCGCUCAACCCCAAUGCAGAAGCAUCUACAGAUCCAAAGUAUGGCGACUUUGCCGGAUUCACAGUGCCAGGCUGCAUAAGGCUUGGUAUCGUGGUGCGAAUAAAUAGCKAGGAGAACUAUCUCGUUGUCUGGAUCUGGAGCGCCGGAGGUCAUGGACCAAAUGUAACGAACAAGAAACGCAAGGCAGUUUUUCGUGUCGUCCCACAAGCCGACUUCGAGGAACAUCGCGGUGCAAUUGGUCACAAAAACGAAGCACUCGUAGCAAUCGCCCACGAAGGACAGCCGAAUAUCAUGCAGGGAAGUUAUGCGGAUAUCAGCGACUUUUCUCCCAUCAGCURCCGGUUGAAAAUAAAGAGGGCCGGCAUGCUCGCCGCGCACGAUGUACGGCGGUUCCUGGAGGCAUUCGAUCAGUUCAUUGCACCUCCACACGUUGAAGAAGAAGCUUUUGUAACGAUCUGA